UGCAGCACAGCUCACCUGCCGGGAGUGGCCGUCACGUGACCAACCCGGAAGUAAGCACGGUUUGGAAAGAAAAGAGGAACUUCUUCCCUCGUGUUGGUUUCUACAGGCCAAAAGAACUUCAAAAUCUUCCCUAGAACACUUUAAGAAUGCAGGAAAACUGCAUCAGAAUGGACUAAAUCUGGCCCAGCAGACUUAGGACAUCACCAGGAUACAUCAGUGUGUUUCACAACAGUAGAACUACGGCAAAAAAACUCAUGGAGAAGAAAGAACAGGAGCUGAGAAAAGCUGCCGGGCGAGGUGAGGAGGACAGAGUUAAACAGCUCCUGGCCGAGGGAGUCAAUGUCAAUGCUGCCGACAACAGCGAAUGGACUGCUCUCCACUCUGCAUCCAGGUACGGCCACACAGGAACUGUACAGGCUUUACUCACAGCUGGAGCAACAGUCGACGCACGAAACUACUGGGGAGGGACUGCUCUCCACUGUGCAUCCGAGCACGGCCACACAGGAACUGUACAGGCUUUACUCACAGCUGGAGCAACAAUCGAUGCACGAAGCGACUUGAAUGAGACUCCCCUUCAUGCAGCAGCAAGGAGAGGACACCCCGAGUGUGUCAGAGUACUGCUGAGGGCUGGAGCCAACACUGUCAUAAGGAACGAUGAUAAGGAGUCAGCAGAAGAAGUUGCAGUACAAGAGGAUGUGCAGCAGGUGUUCCAGUUGUUCAAAGCUCUCCAACCUAAAGUGGUUGAUGGCUUGCUCACUAUCAACCUCCGUGACAAAGGACUGACCUCCGUGCCAGCCGAGGUGUUUGACAACAGAGAUGUCGAACGUCUUGUCCUGUCUGACAACAGGCUGAAGAGCAUACCUGAGGAGAUAGGGCAACUACAGAAGCUUCGUGAACUUAAACUUGACAACAACCUGCUGACACAAGUGCCCCAAACAAUCACCACGUUACCUAACCUACAGCACAUGGACUUGUCACACAACAAGUUGGAGACAUUGCCUGAUGGAUUCUCCAGGUUAAAACAACUUCAGUAUCUCAACAUCUGGAACAAUGUAUUCAAAGAGAUACCAGAAGAAGUCUGUUCACUUCUUCACCUUCAGGUCUUGGACAUCAGUGGCAACCCCCUCAAGUGUCUCCCUGACAAGAUAUCUAAGCUCACAGGACUGACGUGGCUUUAUAUCAGUAAUUGUCAGUUUGAUGAGUUCCCCAGACAGGUGCUGCAGCUGGAGGGUCUGGAGAAGCUAUACAUGGGGAACUGGGCUGGGGAGGGCAAACCUUCACUUGUACCUGAAGACAUCGGCAGACUGAAGAACCUACAAGUCUUAGAUCUUCGGGAGAGUGGCCUGGAGUCACUGCCGGAUGGUGUUGGGGAACUGUCAGAACUGUUGGAGCUAAACAUUGCUGGAAACAGAUUCACAUCAGUUCCUGAACAAAUCAUGAACCUGUCCAACAUCAGGCAGCUCCACUUGUCAGAUAACAGGAUUUCCCGCCUUCCCCUGACUCUGAGCCGAAUGGCCCGACUUGUGGAGAUGAACAUGAAAGACAACCCCCUGACAUAUCCCCCUCCUGAUGUCUGUGAGAAAGGCACAGCUGCCAUCAUGGACUUCGUCAGAACAGAGCUAAAGAAAAAGGAAGAUAAAGAGCUGAGGAAGCUCUUCUCCCGUUUCUCGCAAAACGUGACCAAAACACACGAGGUGGAGGAUCUGGCCGGAGCACUUGGGCUUUCUGCAGAUGAGCUGAACAUUAUCCAAGCUUCAAAGACCCAAACGGCAAGGUCUCAGGCCAACAAGGUGCUGUUGAAGUGGAUGGAGACAGACAGUGAAGCGUCCAUGGACAAGCUUCAGCAGGAGCUGAGUGACUUUGGUAUGGACCGUCUGGCAAAGGAGGCAGGCAUGGUUAAGGCCCAGCCAGUUAAGCGGCCAGCAGAUACAUCAGGCGGGCCACCAGCCAAGCGCCCGGCAGCCGGAGGGUCUUCUGGUGAGGGGCGUCAGGAGGAGCAGCUGGCACAGCUGAUGGAGGAAAACCAAAGUUUGAAAGCUCUGGUGGAAAAACUACAAGGCAGCCAGAAGUCAACAAGUCAAGAUGGAGCCGAGCAACCUGGAUCUGGAAGAAGGCCUUUGGUGCUGCUGCUCAAUGAUGAGUAUGGGACCAGCAAGGGUGGUAUAUCCACAGUCAACCGACAGAUGGGGUGCUUUCUGGCUUCAAAAGGAGCAAAGGUCCUUUGCACAGUCCUGAAUGCCACACAACAAGACAAGGAAGACGCGGAUGAGGAUGGAAUUCAGCUGGUUUUCCCAGAAAGGUUUAAACGUGAUCUGAGAAAGGAAGAGCUCUCCUGGCUGACCUUUGACCACCAGACCAGAUAUCCAGACCUUCCCUCACACGUAGACUUCAUUGUGGGCCACGUACACGUCACAAGCCACGCAGCAAGACGGAUCAAGGAACGCUUUCCUGACGCCAAAGUCAUUCAGGUCACUCACGUGAUGCCAGAAGACACCAGUCAGUACAAGGAUGAUGAGAAGGUGUUGAAAAUUGAAGAGGAGAUCGGUAACAUUCUGGAUGACCUACGACAUGCUGAUGUCAUCUUCUCGGUUGGUCCAUUGAUGUAUGACUACUACAGGCAUCAGACAAAGCAGCUAACACUUAAACAUCACGAGCUCCUGCCAAAGCCUUCUGACAUCUUCAUCGAUAUGAAACUGAAGCCACCCGUUGACACAAAAACAAAAGUGGUGCUGUCCAUCGGCAGGGUCAAGGGUGUGGAGAGGCUGAAAGGCGUUGAUCUGUCUGCGGAGACCAUGGGCAUGGUGAUCAACAAACUACCCCACACAAAGUGGCGACUUCGAGGCAUCAGACGUGACGAUUUUCAAGCAAGCAGGAGCAUCAUUGAAGCCAAUACGCGUAACAUCGUCUUCUUCACUCCCCUGGAGUACGCCACACAGGAAGAGCUGUGUGAGGACAUGGGAAAGGCCGAUGUCGUCCUGAUGCCGUCUCGUGCAGAGCCAUUCGGACUGAUUGGUCUGGAGGCCAUCGCCGCAGGGGUGCCAGUUGUGAUUUCCAACAAAUCUGGUCUUGCAGAGUUCCUGAAGAAGCAAGACCCCGAGUUCGACCGCACGAUCGUUAAGAUCGAUGAGGAUGGUGACAAAGCUGCCCAAACGUUGGCUGAUCGUGUCAUCGACAUACUGCAGGAUGGAAGAAGGGAGUUUCAAGCAGCACAAAGUUUGAAGCAGAAGCUUCUGGACUCAGAGUACUGGGCUGCAUCACACAGCAAGCUCCUCCAAACCUUUGGCCUAGAGGGCUGAGAUUUUAACCACAGAAUUUCACCCAUAACUCAGGUCACAAUCUGACUUGAUUUCACUGGCCUUAAAUCUUAAAGUUUUGGCCACCAGAACCCACAAUUUGUACUUGAUUCGAAUCUGGAUCCUUAUGUCACUCGUGCUGAAUCAUGAACAGGUAUCCCCACUUUGAGAACAAUCAACAUUUCUUACUUUAUAAGGCCACACCGAUUUAAUUUUAUGGAUGACAUCCUCUGAAGACCCCCAAACUAGUGCGCGCAGGCGAAAAAAAUAAAA